ACUCGAGCUUUUAAAGAUCCGAGUUUUGACGAACCCGGAGACUACCGGGAAGCGUCUGAUUACAGUUCCGUAUAAAAGGAAAUCAUAAGCUCAAAAAAUAACUACAGAUCCAAAUCCAGCAAGGAGAGCAAGAAAGAAGCUGAAGUGAAGUAAGUUAGUACGCGGAGAGAUGAGAAGAUAUUAAUUAGAGAGUGAAACUGAUAAAAAUGGAUGUGGAGAGAUCGUCUCUGUGCAAUUGCGUUGUCAAUUUCUUGCUACAAGAGAACUACCUGUUGACGGCAUUUGAAUUGCUUCAUGAGCUCCUUGACGAUGGCAGAGACUUCCACGCCAUUCGCCUCAAGGAGUUCUUCUCUGAUCCUUCUCAUUUCCCUCCUGAUCAGAUCUCUCGCUUCAAUUCUCUUCGAGUUGCGGACCCUCAGAAUUUACUAGAAGAGAAAGAAGCAAUAGAAGAAAAAUUAGCACUUAGUGAAUAUGAGCUUCGUUUGGCACAAGAGGACAUUUCAAAGUUGAAAACUGAAUUGGAGAAGAAAAAACAUUUGCCACUGGUGGAAUUGAGUGAGUCAAAGUCAGAUGUUUCUGAGAACACCAGACCUGAUAUUCUACGGAACAAGAAGGAUGCUUCCUUCUAUGACUUGGGUCCUUUGAAGGAUAGUGAGCGUAGAGAUCUUAAUUGUGCUGUAAAGGAAUAUUUACUAUUAGCAGGAUAUCGGCUUACUGCUAUGACAUUCUAUGAAGAAGUAUGUAAGAAUCAUGUUACAGAUCAGAAUUUAGAUGUGUGGCAGAACACAUAUGCAUGUGUACCAGAUGCCUUGCGACACUAUUACUAUCAAUACCUUUCAUCCACUCCAGAAGCUGCUGAGGAGAAAAUUGCCAUGCAUCGAGAAAAUGAGUCAUUAAUAAAAGAAAAUGAGAAGCUCAAUCACGAAAAAGAGAAAUUGCUGAAAAACAAAGAUUUGGCUGAUACUCAAAUAAGUGGAUUGACUAAAUCCUUAGAGACUCUUCAGAAAGAUCUCAAGGAGAGGGAGAACCAGGUGCAAGAAUUGAAGCAGUCCUGGGAGCUCCAACGUAAGGAACUCAAUGAUUGCAGAGCUGAAAUUACUUCACUGAAAAUGCACAUCGAGGGAUAUCAUUCUGGAAGGAGCAUGAUGGCUAAUGAUGUUGAUCCUAUUCAAUCCCAGUCUGUAGAAAAUUACAAGGAAGAAAUAAUAUCAUUGCAAAUGGAAAUAGAAAGGUUGAAGUCAAAAUGCACAAAAGCUCCUAAAUCUGUAGAUUCCAACCAUAAUGAGGACUCUCUGCAGAUAGAAGAGAAAGUUGUUGAGAUAGAUGAAGAUAAAACUAUAAUCUCCCUCCCUCAAGAUGUAGCAGGAGUGUCAGUAAGUGAAGAUGUUCAAUCACUGAUAAUUGACAACACUGGUAAACCUGAAGAAGCUUCACCUGAUCUGUCAAUAAAUCAUUCAAACGAAAAUAUUACUAUUGAAAACAAUCAGAAUGACGUUAAACAAAAUGGUGAACUGCCCUUAGAAGAUGAUGGGCGACGCAUAGAAUUGGAUAACUUAAAUGUUGAAGCUGCUUCUGCGAAUGUGGGUUUAGAAACAAUUCAAAUCCUUGCAGAUGCCUUGCCCAAGAUUGUACCUUAUGUUUUGAUCAAUCAUCGGGAGGAGCUUCUCCCCCUAAUGAUGUGUGCAAUUGAGCGUCAUCCGGAUAGUACGACACGGGAUUCCUUAACACAUACAUUGUUUAAUUUGAUCAAACGUCCAGAUGAGCAACAGAGACGGAUCAUAAUGGAUGCAUGUGUUAGUCUUGCGAAGAACGUAGGAGAGAUGAGAACAGAAACAGAAUUGCUUCCCCAGUGUUGGGAACAAAUAAACCACACUUACGAGGAACGUAGACUGCUUGUUGCUCAAUCUUGUGGAGAGCUUGCAGAGUUUGUCCGGCCUGAGAUCCGUGAUUCUUUAAUUUUGUCGAUUGUGCAACAACUGGUAGAAGAUGCUGCAACUGUUGUUCGAGAGGCAGCUGCACAUAAUCUGACAUUGUUGCUUCCACUCUUCCCAAGUGUGGACAAAUAUUUCAAGGUUGAGGAUAUAAUGUUCCAAUUGGUCUGCGAUCCCUCUGGAGUGGUGGUGAAAACUGCACUCGAGGAGCUAGUUCCUGCGGUAAUAAAAUGGGGAAAUAAGUUGGAUCACAUUUUAAGUGUUCUACUUUCACACGCCUUGAGUUCUGCUCAGUGUUGUCCACCUCUUUCGGGGGUUGAAGGCUCUGUCGAGUCACAUUUACGUGUCCUGGGGGAACGAGAGCGCUGGAGUAUUGAUGUGUUUUUGAGAAUGCUGUUGGAGUUGCUUCCAUUUGUGUACCAGAAGGCAGUUGAGAGUUGCCCUUUUUCUUCAUUGACAGAGUCAACAGAUACGGUGUUCUCUACUUCAUCACUUGAACUGUAUUCAAAGGGAGACGUUGAUUGGGCGGCAUUUCAGUGGAUGCAUAUAGAUUGCUUUCCUGAUUUGAUACAGUUGGCCUGCAUGUUACCCCCUAAAGAAGACCAUUUAAGAAACAAAAGCACAAAGUUUUUGUUGGCUGUAAGUGAACGCUUUGGGGAUUCUUAUUUGGUACACAUAAUGAUGCCUGUGUUCUUGGUAGCAGUUGGGGACAAUGCAGAUCUAACAUAUUUUCCAACUACUAUUCGUUCAAAAAUCCAAGGUUUGAGACCAAAAACUGUUGUGGCUGAGAGGCUUGCCACAAUGUGUGUUCUGCCACUUUUAUUGGCAGGUGUUCUAGGUGCUCCAAGCAAGCAUGAAGGACUAGCAGGCUACUUGAGAAAGUUGCUAGUUGACAGCUCCCUAAAAGAGAAUCGCUCAACAAAAUACAAUGUUGAUAUUAUUGAUGCUGUUCGGUUUCUUUGCACUAUUGAACAGCACCAUGGUAUGAUAUUCAAUAUUUUGUGGGAAAUGGUUGUUAGCUCCAACAUAGAUAUGAAAGUCAAUGCUGUGCAUCUGUUGAAAGUCAUGGUACCUCAUAUUGAUGCAAAAGUUGUUUCUACCCAUGUUUUGCCUGCCCUAGUUACUCUUGGCUCUGAUCAAAACUUGAAUGUGAAGUAUGCCAGCAUAGAUGCGUUUGGAGCUGUGGCACAACAUUUCAAAAAUGACAUGAUAGUUGAUAAAAUUCGAGUGCAAAUGGAUGCUUUUCUUGAAGAUGGAUCCAGUGAAGCUACUGUUGCUGUGGUCCGUGGCUUACUGGUAGCUGUACCUCACACAACAGAGAGGCUUAGAGAUUAUCUUCUUUCCAAGAUUUUUCAAUUUACAGCCACACCAGCUCCCACAAGUGAUGUCAUGCGUUGCCGUGAGAGAGCUAAUGCAUUCUGUGAAUCGAUCCGUGCCUUGGAUGCUACAGAUCUUUCUGCAACUAGUGUGCGGGAAUUCCUCCUACCUGCUAUAACAAAUCUGUUAAAAGAUCCAGAUGCAUUAGAUCCAGCACAUAAAGAAGCCCUUGAGAUAAUAAUGAAGGAAAGAUCAGGUGGAACCUUUGAGACCAUUAGUAAGGUGAUGGGUGCUCAUCUUGGGAUAGCAUCGUCAGUCACUAGUUUCUUUGGAGAAGGUGGGCUUUUAGGAAAGAAAGAAGCUGCAGACAAUCAGCCACCACCACCCGAGUCCCCAAAGGCUGCACAACCUCCACCCACAGAAGACACAAGAUUCAGGCGUAUCAUGAGGGGUGGUUUUACGGACAUGCUUAGGGGUAAAACAUGGAGCCAAGAAGAAACACAGCAGAACCAGUAAUAUUUUUACAACUUGACAAAUGGUGCGAUGAAAUACCAUUUUUUAUCUUCUCUUGCAUGUUUGAGUUUAUCCCCCCUGUAUAAGGUGAGUUAACGACAGCAUCAACAUCAGAUGGGGGAAAAAACAAAUUUUUUCCAUCGCUUUUACUUUUUUUAAUCUUUUAUUAUAUAGGAGGAAUUAAGGUUAGUUGCAGUGCAGAUCAUUAGUUAGCUAUUAUUUAGGACAUUAGUACUUUCCUAGUUUUUGACGAUCCUAUCUGGCCGGAUUGAUUGCAUGCUGUAUAAAAUUCAGUUUUCUUUGGAGGGCUCUUUUUUCUUUCA